AUGGCCCCUCCUCUACGUACCAUGACCGACGACACCUUUACCGAUGACAAGAUGUCUGAAACGCCUGCAUCACCAACAAACACCGACACUACACUGACAGGAGACGUCGUAGUUGAAAGAGCAGAUGAUGAAGGGUCUUCGAUACGGUCGUCGGAGUGUCCCAGCUCAGUCGAUGUUGAGAGUGCACAGCCUCACAAUUCCAAAAAAAUCAAGCCCAACUUUCUACAGCGAAUAACUUCACCCUUUCGGUCAGAUCCGGAACCCGCAGCAGUCACUUACACGAAGACCCGAAAAUUGGAAAAUACCCCCAGAGGCUUCCCCCAACUCGCCGCCUUCCAAGCCAGCGAAGCAAACUUUUCACUCUACCGGUCUUACAGCUAUCUCCACUCCCGCGUCCUCCUUGACUUGCAAGACGAACUCCGCUGCCUCGAAAACGAACUCGAUGAAAUCGACUGGAACGACUAUGAAGUCGACGUCAACCGUCUGCGAUCCCGAGACUAUGAUUCCAGCUGCAGCAGUGACUUGCCUGGGACCCGGACGCGCAGGGUAGUCCUGCGUGAGAUCAAGGAGAAGUUGAUUGAAUAUGACGACAUACUUAUCAAAUCCCGCACCUUGGAAUCCUUUCAAAAGCCGUCUGACCGCAAUUACCGCAGCGUCCGGCGCUACCACAACAACAAGAAGCCGCUCAUGGACGCGCCAAUGGACGCCAUACGCAGCAAAGAGGACGUGGUUUCGCUGACGGGUGGGCGUGAGUGGGCGACGUUUGAUGGGGGCGUGGAGUCGAGUAUUGGGCGUGUGGAUCAGGCGCUUAAAAAGGUGUUUGGGCUGAAGACCCCGCCGCUGCAGGUAUGA